GCAAAAGCUUCGAUUUCAUCAAAAUAGGACAUUCUGUAGUGAAGUUCUCCUUGGCGGGCUUGAUCAUCUGUUAUUAUAUACAGGGAUAUAUAGAAACCAUUGAUAGUGAUCAUUUUCCAUAUGAGUAAUAUAAUUUGUGUCACCUGAUUUUAGGUUGUUAUAUCAGAUUUAUAUUAUGUGUCCCUGCUUUAAUAAAUACUGGUACCAUUAAUGUAUUGAAUUGUUUUAAAUGAAUUGGGUUCCAUUGCAGUAUCACGUGUUUCUAUAAAUGUUUCAAUUAAGUCAGAAUAUAUAUAUAUAAGUAUGUCAACGUACCUAGUACACAAUUUUACAAUGAAAUCUUCAGAUUCUUUAUUCAGCACAAACAUUAGAUAUCUUAAUUGCAACAUACAUUUUUAAAAAAAGGAAAACAGGAAAAUAAAAUAAUUUGGCUUUGUUGCAUGCUAUGGGUUUACAUGGUUGUUUUACGACACCAUGGACUUUUUUCCCAUUUAACCAUGCGAAAAGUAAACCAGAGGUUACUGAUUGCCUGUUUUUUUUUCAACCUGACUGGAUUCUGGUAACUUUUGGAUGACCUCUGAAAGACAAAGCCAAGACAGAUCUAUUGUAUUAAGACUCUUCUGAUGCUCUAUUGGCAGAAUUAGAUUUAUUUUCUUUACGUUGGAUUUAAAAUGGCUUGCUUUGCAUCGAAAAAAAUAAAUUUCUGCUAAUAAAGAAAUUAAAAAAAAAACAGAAUAGGAAUGGCAUAAAAACCUUAAAAGUAAUUCAUGUUUAAAUGCAUGAUUUUCAUAUAGUUAGAAUGAAAUCAGGUUUAUAUCAACACAUGAAGAUGUGUAAUUAAUAAGGGAAUGGGGGCAGGGAACAUGUUCGCAAUGAUCCAAUUAAAUCAAUAUUAUUUUGUUAUUUUGUGAAAAUUAUGAGGUACAAUUAAACCCAGUGAUAAAGUUUCUGGCCGCUGAUUGGCCGCCUAGGUCACAUGACUGACUAACUUUAUUCAGUUGACAGCAAGUAGGAGGGCUUUAUGGAGGCAGAAAAAAGACAACAGCAGAAAAAUUAGUAUUUUCUAUCCUCAGAAAUUAAUGGCCAUGAGUUCGUUUAUGGUGAACUCAAAGUACGUGGAUCCUAAAUUUCCUCCCUGCGAGGAAUAUUUACAGAAUAGCUACCUAGCAGACCAGGGCUCAGAUUUUUACAGUUCCACGCAGGGCUCUGAGUAUCAGCAUCAGGGGAUCUAUCCCCGGCCAAACUACCCUGAAGAAUCCUUCAGCUGUAGCCAUGCACAGGGCUCUGCAUUGCAGCCCCGGGGUCAUGUGCAGGAGCAAACCGGCCAUCAGAAUCCAUACCCUUCCACUGAUGACCAAUGCACAGCACCGAUCUCCACCACCAGACCCUGCAACCAACAGCAGCACCCCAAAAAUGGGAGUCUGACUAAACAGCCAGCUGUAGUGUACCCCUGGAUGAAAAAAGUGCACGUCAAUUCAGUCAAUCCGAAUUAUACCGGAGGGGAACCAAAGCGAUCCAGGACAGCUUAUACCAGGCAGCAAGUCCUGGAACUUGAAAAAGAAUUUCAUUUUAACAGGUAUCUGACCAGACGUCGCAGGAUAGAAAUAGCGCAUACUCUGUGCCUUUCCGAGCGCCAAAUCAAAAUUUGGUUUCAAAACAGGAGAAUGAAGUGGAAGAAAGACCAUAAACUGCCCAAUACAAAAGGAAAAUCGUCAUCUGGGUCAUCUCAACACAUACAAACUAUUUCCAAGGAGCAUCACACUGACUUGACCUCUUUAUAGAGAAAAACAUAUUAUAUAUUUUUUCUUUUUAUUCUUCCAUUAUGGACUGUAUUAUAGACAAAUAGACAGGGUUGAAGCAAUGCCUGCAAGGUAUAGCUGUCUAAAGCCCCCGGACUGUCACGUCAUUCCAUAGGUACGGUGUUUUUCAUGGACCUUCACACCAAUAUUGGACUAUAUCGCUCAAUGGCACAAUUCUUACUCUCAUUCACUUACGAGAGUAAAUACAUGAUUUCAAGAAUUCCCCCUGAAUGCAUCAGAAAAUAGAACAUUUUGGGACACAAAUCGUUUAAUUCAAUUUCACCGAUGAAGAUCUGUCUUAGGUCUGUGGAAAAAUGCCUUAGGUAAUUCCAAACCAGUAUGUAUUUUUCGUUUUAUUGCACAGAGCAGUAUUGGGUUAACAAGGAAACAGAGCAAGUUAGUGAGUUCUUAAAACGUAAAUGUGGGGACCAUAUGCGUAUCCCCUCCUCUGAUUUUGUUGUUUCACUCUUUUUUUUUCAAAUCUCGUGUUAAUCACAUUAUACCAAAUUUUUCUAAACAUUUUUAUUUUAUAAUAAACGGGUUAUUUUUAAUUAAAAAGUGCAUUCAGGUAUUUAUUUAAAAUGAAAUCUAACAAAUAAAAACAAUCAAUCCAAAGCCAAAUAUUAAGGAAGAAACUGAAAAUAUUGCUGUGUAUUUUUCUUCCACCUUAUUGUUGGAAAAUUAACAAAAAUAAAUAGCACUACAGUUUUAAUGGCAACUAUUUAUGACAUGCCCCUAAUUUAGAAUUAGAUACCAUUAGAUUAAUGGUUAAUAAAUAGUUUUGUAUAUCUGUACUUAAUUUUUGUUGGAGUGUGGGGGAGGUAGCUAACGUGCUUUUUGGUCGGGUUUAACAAAGAAAAAAUGUGUGUUAUUUUAUGAAACGUUCACAGAAGAAAAUUAAGAAAAGCAGGGUGUUCAUUUUCGUAGUAGGCUUUGAAAAAGACAUGUUCUCACAUUUAUCACAUUCUUAAAUUUCUUAAAUGACUGAAUGUAGCAUUAUUGUAGGUUAAGUCUUCCAAUUUGAAAGGGAAAAACAUCCUUGAAGCAGCUGAAAAUUAUUUAUCUUCUAAACAAACGAAAUGCAUUUUAGUCAUAGCAAUUUCGUAUAAAUUUGUCACAUAACUUUAAUGAAAAAAACUGCAUUCGUAUGUUCCCAGCUCCAAGCAAUAGGAAAAUUGACGGGAAAUGCAUUUUAUUUUUAUUGUUGAAACAUGUAACCUGUUUUUCUUGAAUGCAAUUUAUCAAAAUAAAAAGGGUACUUUCUUCUUAAAAAAA